AUGAACUCAAUCUCAAAGCAGUUCACGAAUUCAAACGCCAAUGCGCUUCGCAAUGAAUUCCAUGGUGCUACAGAUGGGUUGGCUCAACAAGAACAAUUCGGCUUGGCUCCACAAAUGCAAUUGCCUCCUAUUUCCAAGCCUACGGAAUUCUUGAGAGCACACACAGAUGACGCUUCCAACCCUGACUGUAAGAUCAAGAUUGCACACGGUACGACAACCUUGGCGUUUAGAUUCCAAGGUGGUAUUGUUGUCGCAGUCGAUUCCAGAGCUACUGCUGGUGACUGGGUCGCCUCGCAGACUGUGAACAAGGUUAUCAGAAUCAACCCCUUCUUGUUGGGUACAAUGGCCGGUGGUGCCGCCGACUGUCAGUAUUGGGAGACUUGGUUGGGUACGCAGUGUAGACUACAUGAGUUGCGUGAGAAGGAGCGUAUAUCAGUGGCUGCCGCUUCUAAGAUCUUAGGAAACUUGGUGUAUCAAUAUAAGGGCAUGGGCUUGUCGAUGGGUACCAUGGUCUGUGGCUACACGAAGAAGGAGGGUCCAACCAUCUACUACGUUGACUCUGAUGGCACAAGAUUGAAAGGUGACCUCUUCUGUGUCGGUUCCGGUCAGACAUUCGCUUACGGUGUCUUGGAUUCUGAGUACAAGUGGGAGUUGAGCGUCGAGGAUGCAUUGUACUUGGGUAAGAGAAGUAUUUUGGCUGCCACACACAGAGACGCCUACUCCGGUGGCUCGAUCAACCUAUACCAUGUCACCGAGGAUGGAUGGGUAUACCACGGCAACCACAAUGUGGGCGAUAUCUUUUACGACAUCAAGGAGAAGGAGAAGUCCUUCAACAAUGUUGACGGUUGA